AUGCAUCUCGUCUGUCUUGGCGUUAUGCGGCGCCUUCUGAGAAACUGGGUUAGCCAAGGGUUCGGGAGACGCCUAAGUCGACAGCAGCGUGAAAAUUUGAAUGAUUUACUUCGAAGUUGCAGUAAGCGUUUCCCCAGCAACUUUCAAAGGAAGCCAAGAGGCACUGAGGAACUUGACCGGUGGAAGGCCACAGAGUUUCGAAGCUUCCUCUUGUAUGUGGGACCUGUGGUUUUGAAGCAUGUGUUGCCAAACGAUCAGUACCGUCACUUUUUAAUGCUGCAUGUGGUGGCAGUGAGAAUUCUUGUAUAUCCUGCACAUUACGAGGUUUAUAACGGAUUUGCCAGGGACCUUCUUAGGUACUUUGUGCAGGAGUUUGGCACCUUGUAUGGGGCCAAGCAGCUCGUUUACAACGUGCACACGCUCAGCCAUCUGGCUGAGCAGUGUUUGGACCAUGGCUUUCUUGACAGUUUUAGUGCGUUUCCUUUUGAAAGUUUCCUGGGUAAGGUUAAGAAAAUGCUACGUUCAACAAGCAAGCCUUUAGCGCAGAUCAGCAGACGAAUGUCUGAAGUCAGACAUUUGUAUCAACCUGAGAUUUCGGAACGGAAACGCAUUGUCAAAGCAGGUCAGUGCUUCAUGCUGAACGAGUCUGCAGUUGUCGUCUUGAAGCUCCUUGAAGACAGGUUCAAGGCAAGCAUUCUGCCAAACAUGACAGAUUUUUUUGAACUGCCGAUCAAGUCGUCCGCCAUCGGCAUCUGGCAGUGCGAUUCCCUCACGCACGUGACUAAAAUGUACAACCUUUCCGAACUUGACACUGCUGUUCAAUACCUCAGACUGGACUACAGAAGCAGACAUGUCAUCCUUCCACUUCUACAUCUGCUGUAG